CCGGCUGACCGCGGACGCAGUACGUACUUCGUGGUCCAGUGUAAUAAUAAACAAAUAAUGGACUUAGAAUAAAAUUGAUAAGUGAAAUUCAGUGAAUAUGUGGGGAGAAAACAGUAACGAUUGUGAGAAUAACUGCCAGUGCUCUGGACUAAUAACUGAGAACUUCAGAAUAAACUCUGGUAACAAUGCCACAAAACGGAAGCAGGAGGAAGCACUCUCAUACAAUUAUAAAGUCAAAAUUAAACCACACUCUAUAGAUUUCACCCCACACUCUCCUAAUACACCAAGCAAGGUUCUAGGAGAAAUACAAAAAGCCUUAACACCUCAAAGGAAAGUAUUAGGUGAAAUACAAAACUCUCCCAGCUACAAACUAGACUACAGCCCUUUAACUUUUAAGUCACAAAACUCUCCUAAUCUACAUGGAAUAUCUAACAUUCCUAACUCCCCUGUGAUACCAAAAACAUACUCACCAAGGAUCCCAACCUCUUCAGGAAUCUCUAAUAUUCAUAGCUCACCUGGAAUCUCUAGAGUCUCAAACUCCCCUGGACUUUCGAGGAUAAACCAAUCUCCUGGUAUGUCCAGGAUCAAAAAUUCGCCAACAACACCUUUGACCACUCAAAAGUAUUCUCCAAGGGUUACACAAUUGUACAUUAAAAAUUCACCAGCUAUGGAAAGACUGAAAUCUCCUUCGGGAGGCUUAAGAGAGAGAAAAAGAAGUAGAUUGUCUAGGGUAUUUGAAGAUAGAACAAUGUUUAAAGCCAAUAAGGAGAAUGAAAAUCUUAAUAUUGAAGAGGAAACUCAAGAUUGUACUUUUGGCAUGGAAAAAAGUCACUUGGCUAAGUUGGACUUCUCUGACAUUAAAAAAGAGAAAGAAAUGAAUGCAGAUAUCUUGGUACCAGAAACGGCCACCUCUCUGGAACCAGAUAUGGAAUCAUUACAAGAUUUAGAAGAGGAAUUUGAUUCUAACAACUUUGAUGAAUGCACUAAGUACGAAAUAAUAUCUACUGACAGCCCGGAUAUUAUUUCAAGUGGCCGUACCAGUUCCAGAAAGGUCAACCAAAGGAAUUUCGCCUUUGGGGCACCGUUGUCUGAAAACGAAACAUCCACUUCCUUUAACCGACCGAGCUCUUCCAGAGUUCUCAAUUUCGAGAAGAGGAUAGAGAGAUCGAAAUCCAACCGCACAUUGAACUUUGAUGAGAGCCGGUCUAGUUUCGAUAAGAUGGAAUUUGAUCCAGAACAAAUUUUUGACUUCAACUCAAAGACUAAAACUAAACUCAAUUUCGAUGAUAGCAACUUUGAAGAGAGCUUCGAAUUCACCUCGCCAAUGACUAAAGAAACUACGCCGAGAAAGACUGUAUCAGUUAAAAAAUCUCUGAAGUUCACUGAAAGCCCGAAAUUCGAGAGACACAGUAGCAUAUCCAAGUCUCCCUGUUCGAGUAUGUCGAAGCGGUUGACAUCAGAAUCUAUGGAGAGCGGCUUCAUUUCUGAAUUUGAAGAACCAUUUUUGGACAUGGAGGAGAUCUCUAGCUCGCCCAAAAUUUCAAACUUCAGUGACUUAUUAUCUGGUCAAAUUAAAGAGAGCUUCACCGAAAAGCUUCGGCCCUGUGUGCAUCGGAGUUUGAGUUUCAAUCCUGUUUCAAAGCGGUUGAGAGAUGAACCGACUAGUUCAAGUAAGAGGUUAAAGUCAGAAACGACACCGGCUCCACAAAGGCCGGUUUUACAACGAGCUCUCUCAGAGAAUAAUGCAUCUAUUAUGUCUGCGUUAGCAAGAUCUUGUGUUGAACCAGACCUGAUCGGUGACUUCAGUUCUCCCUUCGCACUACCACUCACAGCCGGAGACCACUCGGACCUCAAAUCAAUAUCCGGUGAUACACUUGCCAGUUUAAUUCGGGGAGAAUAUUCUGAUAGCAUUGACGACUUUCAGGUGAUAGAUUGCCGUUACCCAUACGAGUUCGAAGGUGGGCAUAUCCUGGGCGCAGUGAAUAUGUCGACAGCAGAACAAGUAUUGGAACUGAUGAAUGCGCCCCCGAGCAGGGACACCCAGAAGCGGCGUAUAUUGGUGUUCCACUGCGAAUUCUCACUUGAGAGGGGACCUAAAUUAUCGCGUUUCCUCCGUUCCUCGGACCGAGCAAAGAACCAAGAAAACUAUCCCAACCUCCACUAUCCAGAGAUCUAUCUCUUACACGCCGGGUACAGAUCGUUCUUCAAGAACUAUCCGGAACUCUGCUCGCCAAACGGCUACACCGCCAUGCUGGAUCCGAAACACCGCCAUCUCCUGCGGAAACACCGGUCUCUGCAGCCGUCCGGAAGACGCAAUCGGCUGCUACUGUAGACUGAGACCGACUAAAUUGGACCAGUAUUGUAAAAUAAAAUGCAAUGAAAAACCAAAAAAACGGAAACAUGUAUAGCAAAAGAUAUAUCAAUUGUAUAUAAAAGUUUGAGGCCACUUCGAAGAGACCGUGUAAAUAAAAGGCCAGAAUUCUAAUAGGGUAAGAGAGAUUGAGGUAUUUUAGUCCUAGCAUUUAAAUGUGAACGGAUUCUUUAGACUUCGUAAAUUCGGUCUCAGUUUAAUGAGUCUUUGACUAAAUUUAGUUUAACGACGCCAUAUUAUUAUAGGAAUAUCCCACCUCUAGUUGUAAGAAAUAAUGCAAUAUAUUUUAAGUGAUACAUAAGAAUCAUGACAAUUUCGUAAGUUUUAAAUAGAUUUUGAUACAAAUGUUGGAAACGGGAAUUUUUUAGUUCAUGAGGCCCGCUAAACAUAGUUUUAAUUUCACAAAAAUAUGUAUGACAUGUUGCUUUAAUGAUUCGCAACCAAUAUAAUGCAACAUUCAAACUAUGAAAAAACAACUAAAUAGACAGACUCAAUAUUUGAGUAGCUUCUGGAGAUUGUGAGUUCGAUUUCCAAGAAAUAAAUUUCUAAAUACAGUCUUAUUGAGAAAUGCUCAGUAGUGGGCCUCUUAGCAGACACAUUUGUCUGCCCGAGAGGAUUGCCGAUUAGGCGACGUGGCAAUAAUUUACGCUUACAAAAUAUAUUUUAUGUUAUAUGCAUUUGGAGGCAUGAUUCAAUUUCAUUUCACAAUUUUAUAUAUCUGUCAUUUCAAUUAAAAUUUCAACACUUUAAAAUACAUCAUUUCAAAUACAAUAUUAGUUGACUUAAGCCGUACUCAGAGAUUUAUCUUUUAAUUAACGAAAUACACACCGAUUACGUCAUUCAACAUCCAUAGGAAAGUAAAUUUUUUUAGAUUCCAGUUUAACAAUAAAAUAUUUAAUUUAUUAUCUCUUAAUUUCUGACUCUAAAUAAAAUAUAAAAACCUAACCUAGAG